ACAUCUCAUUAAAGAUCCUGCACGAGCGCUUGUUCACUGGAUCAGGAGGUUUUUACGCGUCCGAGCCGCAUCAUCCGCCGUCAGCUGAUCGCAUUUGCAACAGGUUUUCGCUCCCGAGGAGAAAGAAGGAGAUCUGCUUCUCAUAAGGAUUCUGAAAUAAAUAAAUAAACACAAGCCGAUUCUUCCACAGCUCGGGAACUACACUGUGAGGAGGAUAUUUUGUCUCCCCCCCCACCACCACUCUUUCAUUUUUGGACUCGCACACAUUACUCGUGAAGCCCGGCGGCGCGCGGAGACGCAUCCAGCGGAGCCAUGGAGGUCGCAGCGGCCGAUCAGUCUCGGUGGAUGGCGCACCAUCACGCAGUGCUGAACGGCCAGCACCCGGACUCUCACCACCACAGUCUGAGCCACAACUACAUGGAGCCCAUGGCGCCUUUACUGCCGCAGGACGAGGUGGACAUGUUUCUCAACCACUUGGACUCUCAAGGGAAUCCGUACUACACCAACUCCAGGGCGAGGGUCACCUACAGCCAAGCGCACGCUCGUCUCACUGGGAACCAGGUUUGCCGACCACACCUCAUCCACAGCCCCGGCAUUCCGUGGCUGGACCCCGGGAAGGCUGCGCUGUCCGCCGCGCACCACCAUAACGCAUGGGCGGUGAGCCACUUCAGCAAGCCCGGCCUGCACCCCUCCAGCUCCGGCUACCCGUGUAGCAGCAACACCGGCACGGCCCCGGUGUCGUCACUCACCCCGGGGUCUCACUCCAGCCCGCACCUCUACAGUUUCCCCCCGACUCCCCCGAAGGACGUGUCCCCGGACCCGGGCCCCACCUCGCCGACCUCCACAUCCACACGGAUGGACGACAAGGAGUCCACCAAGUCCUAUCAGGUGCCGCUGACGGACGGCAUGAAAAUGGAGAGCUGCAGUCCUCUGCGCAGCGGCCUGGCCUCCAUGAACAGCCAGGCCGCGGCCACGCAUCACCCCAUCCCGACCUACCCGGCCUACACGCUGCCCUCGCACCACGACUACAGCGGCAGCCUCUUCCACCCGGGCAGCCUGCUCGGCGGCUCCCCCUCCAGCUUUACGCCCAAGUGCAAGAGCAAAGCCCGGUCGAGCUCAGAACUCUACGCAGAGGGCCGUGAAUGCGUGAACUGCGGUGCCACCUCCACGCCACUGUGGCGGCGGGACGGCACCGGCCACUACCUGUGCAACGCCUGCGGACUCUACCACAAGAUGAACGGCCAGAACCGACCGCUCAUCAAGCCCAAACGCAGACUGUCCGCUGCGAGACGCGCAGGCACCUGCUGCGCAAACUGCCAGACCACCACCACCACACUGUGGAGGCGCAACGGGAACGGAGACCCGGUGUGUAACGCCUGCGGACUUUACUUUAAACUGCACAAUGUUAACAGACCCCUGACCAUGAAGAAGGAAGGCAUCCAGACACGCAACCGCAAGAUGUCCAGCAAGUCCAAGAGGAACAAGCGAACAGGGGACGGCUUUGACGAGCUGUCCAAGUGCAUGCAGGACAAGGCCUCUCCCUUCAGCGGAGCGCCGGGCCUCACCAGCCACAUGACCCACAUGGGUCACCUGCCCCCCUUCAGCCACUCGGGACACAUGCUGCCCACUCCCACGCCCAUUCACCCCUCCUUCGGUCACCCCCACCACUCCAAUCGCUCGCCGGUGUGGGCCGAGCCUCACUGAGGCCACGUCCUGACCCGGAAAUCCCAGACUCCGUCUGUCGGAGUCAUUAAAAACCCGCCAUUAACACUAAAGACGGCCUUCACGUCGCGCUGUAAGCGGAGCAGACUUGUACAGUGGUCGGAGGAGAGGAGGAGGAGGAGGAGGAGGAGGGGUCUUCUUCAGUCGGACUUUUUUUUUGACUGAAGGUCGCCACACCACAGAGCAGGACUUCUCGGGGUCACUGCGGGGGACGCAGUGAAAGGAGGAGCUUUGUCGUUUUUUUUUUUUUGUUGCUUAUUUUUACUAAGUCACUUUGGUACCCGCCUCUCUGUGACCCUGAAACAGGAGACUUUAAGAGAGGUCUUAAAAGAAAACGCUGUUUUCACCUCACGCCGCCGUCUCGUUAUACGUCGAGACGCCGUCCGUCCGUCCACUGCAGCCGGACAGACGGACACGGACAGACUGUUGUCAGACUACAA